AUGAUGGAUACUAUGACAAUGUUCACUUUGAUACUCAUUUGCAUGAUGUUAGACAUUGCUUCGGCUCAAUUUGGUAUGAACUUUUACAGAGUUUCUUGUUAUUACAGUCAGGGACGUUGCUACGGUUUUUCUCUGGGGGGGGAGGUCGAAAAAAUUUUUUUUGGUCUACAGGUAGCCCCUGAUUACAGUAUUAUGGACUAAGAUUCAGGUUAAUACGUGUUAGAAUUGUAAUGAGGAAUGUAAUAUAAUUGUAAUAUCAAAGUAUAAUUUUAGGUUCGAUGGGCAUGAGCAGAAUGAUGAUGGGCGGUAUGGGAGGAUACGGAGGAAUGGGAGGUUACCCAAGCUUUGGAGGUUACGGUAUGCCAGGAUACGGUAUGGGCAUGGGUCUGGGCGGCAUGGGAAUGGGCGGAAUGGGAAUGCCUUACGGUGGAUAUGGUGGUAUGUUUGGAAAGAAGUAA